CUGUUCUGCGUGUUCCGCCUGUUCUGCGUGUUCUGCGUGUUCCGGCGUCGCAGUGGUUUGAAAUCGCGCCGUAGGGUCGAGAGAAUAAACUAGACACGUGAGAAAUGAACGCGACGCUUCUGGAGUCGUUCGACUUCGAGCGGAGGUUUGACGAAAAAGUCGCGUUUGAGUGGUUUCAGGAAAACUGGACGAAGUCGUUCGUGUUCAGCACUCUGUAUGCCGCUGUUAUAUUGCUUGGCCGGCAUUUCAUGAGAGAGCGGCAGAAGCUGGACCUUCGAAGGCCUUUAGUUCUCUGGUCACUGAGUCUGGCAAUAUUCAGUAUUUUCGGAGCCAUCCGUACUGGAUCCUACAUGCUGCACACUUUCAGCUCCAGUGGCUUCCGGCAGACCGUGUGUGACACCGACUUCUACAGCGCACCCGUCAGCAAGUUCUGGGCAUGCGCCUUCACCCUCAGCAAGGCACCUGAACUCGGUGACACGGUCUUCAUCGUUCUCCGCAAGCAGCGUCUGAUCUUCCUGCACUGGUACCACCACAUCACGGUGUUGCUGUACACCUGGUACUCCUACAAGGACCGGGUGGCCGGAGGUGGCUGGUUUAUGACCAUGAAUUACACGGUCCAUGCACUGAUGUACAGCUACUACACUGCCAAAGCAGCUGGCCUGCGACUGCCCAAGCCCUGUGCCAUGAUCAUCACAGCCCUGCAGAUCCUACAGAUGGCCAUGGGCCUGACCGUCCUGGCAUUGGUUUACUACUGGCACCAUGACGUCCACUGUGCCUCCAACAUGAACAACAUUGUGUCGGGCUCACUCAUGUACCUCAGCUACCUGGUGCUUUUCGCCUUGUUCUUCUAUCAGUCCUACCUGAAGAAGGAGAAGAGCAAGGAUGUUAAAGCCGAAUAAGGGUGGAUUGGCCAGUAGGGGGCAGUAGUGUGGAUCUAGAAGGUUGUCGGCAAAUAACAUUUAGUUAACCUGUGGAUUUAGGCUGAAUCCCAUCUCUUCUUUUUACCUCUACCCCUUGAUUUUGAGCGUUGCCCCCUUACAGAGUUACAGGGCAGUGGUUGAAAUCUUCCCUCUGAAAUGAGACCCUCAAAAAAAGAACUCAGAAAUCUUUUAAACAGAGAAAAUUCUCACGUUUGUGGGUUUCUUUAGUCUCAUGUUCAGCCAACUUGCCAAUUUCCUUCAUUCUCAAACGCUAUUUGAAUUGUCCCUCUGAAAACCUCUGUUUGGAGGGUCAUGUAGCCCCAACACUUUGCCCUACCAGUCUAUCUCAACAAGACUCGGGACCCCCUACACCUAGACGAGAGCGUGCAAAACGGUCCUGCUAAGUGGUAGGGAAGAGGGCUGAAAUGGGAUUGGGCCUUCUAGUGAUUCACACUAAGUUAGUUUAACAGUAUAAAUAGAUAUUCCCAAAAAAUGACCUCAUAGAAGGCUGCUGUCUGAUCUAGGGCCUGUGAGCACUGCCUAAUUGUGACGUAACCACGACAACAGUUACUAAAUUAUUUCUCCCUCGCGGCUCAUUGAAAAAAAAUGAAGUUCUGUUGAAAGUGAAGACAUGAAACUUUGCUUUUCACCACAUUUGUGUUCAUAAGUGGAACAGGAGAUAUUUUCUUAGGAUUUCUUAGGUGGAAAGUCAUACGCACAGUACUGCUUGCCGGGGGGAGAAAUGAUUACAUUUUCUGUUAUUUUGGUGUCAAAACAAGCAAACUGAGUGUAAAAGCACUUAAAAAAUGUAUAGCACUUAAAAGAGCGCUCCACUACUUUUAACGAUUUCUGCAGGCAUUAAGGUGUGAACAGAGGUUCAGACGUCUUUACAGUGGUGGUGAUGGGAACCAGACGUCGCCAUGACUACAACACAGAUAUAGACACUUUAUUUACCAUCCAGAACCACCAGAGAACCUACAUGAGUCU